AUGAAUAAACUCUUUGAUGUCAUCCCACCUCAAAUCAGUUACCUCUCUAAACUCGUUUAUCUUGAUCUACCUUGUAAUGAGUUGUUUGGAAGAAUUCUGCCAGAAAUCGGUGGCCUAAGAAAUCUUACCAUCCUCUAUCUCUUUGCAAAUAAACUUUCUGGCAAAAUUCCUAAAGAGAGAGGGAACUUAAAAUCUCUUGUAGAUCUAAAGUUGUCCGUCGAUAGUUUAACAAGUUCCAUCCCUCCAAGUUUUGGAAGCUUAAAAAAGCUAACAACCUUGUGCUUGUCCAAAAAUGCACUUUCUGGUUCUAUUCCUCAAGAGAUGGGGAACCUGAAAUCUCUCGUGGAGCUUUAUUUGUAUGAGAAUCAGCUCAAUGGUUCGAUCCUGACAUCACUAGGUAACUUGACAACCCUUACCCAUCUAUUGCUUUACACAAAUAAAUUUUCUGGCACUAUUCCUGAUGAUAUAGGGAAAAUGGAAUUUCUUGUGCAUCUCUUCUUAUCCAACAACAACUUCACUGGUUGUAUCCCUAAAAACUUUGGAAACUUAGAAAAGCUACAGACGUUGUACUUGUACAAAAAUCAACUCUCCAGUUCAAUUCCAGAAGAAUUAGGGAAUCUGAAAUCUCUUGUAGGUUUAGAUUUGUCUUACAACAAUUUAACAGGUGGCAUCCCUCCAAAAUUUGGAAACUUAAAAAGGUUACAGUUGUUGUACUUGCAUAACAAUCAACUCUCUGGUUCGAUUUCAAAAGAGAUAGGUAACUUAAAAUCUAUUGUGGAUCUAGGGUUGAGCGAGAAUCAACUCAAUGGUUCAAUUCCUGCUUCAUUUGGUACCCUGACCAAUUUGGAAAUCUUACAUCUACGGGAUAACAAACUUUCCGACCCUAUCCCCAAAGAGAUAGAGAAUCUUAAGAAGUUGACUAAACUGCACUUGGAUACUAACCAAUUUUCUGGUCAUUUGCCCCAACAUAUUUGCCAAGGUGGACAACUCACAAACUUUUCAGUACACAACAACAAUUUGACUGGUCCAAUCCCCAGAAGCUUGAAAACCUGCACAUCCUUAUUCAGAGUCCAUCUUGAAGGGAACCAAUUGACAGGCAAUGUAUCUGAAGUUUUUGGCGUUUAUCCGAAUCUUGAUUUUAUAGAUGUAAGCCACAAUAACUUGUAUGGUGAAAUCUCACUCAACUGGGGACAAUGCCCACAGUUAAAAACCCUACUAAUGGCAGGAAACAAGCUUACCGGUAGCAUACCACCUGAGAUAGGCAAUGCAAACAAAAUUCAUGUGCUCGACCUUUCUUCAAAUCGUUUAGUUGGGGCGGUUCUGAAGGAAUUCGGGAGACUGACUUCUUUGGUGAAGCUGAUGUUGAAUGGAAAUCAACUUUCGGGUCGUAUACCUUUCGAAUUUGGAUCAUUGACUGAUCUUGAAUAUCUUGACAUGUCAAAAAACAGUUUCAAUGAGUCUAUUCCGAGCGUUCUAGGUGGUUUGGUUGAAUUAAACUACUUGAAUUUGAGCAACAACAAGUUCAGUCAAGCUAUUCCAUUUCAGUUAGGGAAGUUAGUUCAACUGUCCCAACUAGAUAUAAGUCAUAACUCUCUUGAAGGACAGAUGCCAUCAAAAAUUAGCAAUAUGGGGAGUUUGGAGACGCUUAAUCUUUCCCACAACAAUCUUUCUGGUUUCAUUCCCACAAGUUUUGAAGGCAUGCAUGGCUUGUCCUUUGUGGACAUCUUCUACAAUGACUUAGAAGGCCCCCUUCCCAACAACACCGCAUUUCGAGAUGCAGCACCGGAAGAUAUACAAGGGAACAAAGGAUUCUCAAAAAAGGACCAGAAAAGGAUAUUGGUAAUCACAUUCUCUCUUCUAGCUGCGCUUUUACUUCUGUCUUCUUUCUUUACAGUUGUCUUUGUAUUAGAUAAAAGAAAGAAGCUUCAGCAUUCAGAUCCAGAACGAAAUAACAUGCAUGAAGCAAUUUCCUUUUUGAUAUUAAACUUUGACGGAAGAGCGAUGUAUGAGGAAAUCAAAAAGGCAACACAAGAUUUCGAUUCGAUGUAUUGCAUUGGAAAGGGAGGACAUGGAAGCGUCUACAGAGCGAAUUUGUCAUUUGCCAACGUAGUAGUGGCCGUGAAGAAACUCCAUCUGCAGCAGGACGGCGAGAAGAAUGUUGAGAAGGAAUUCCUAAAUGAAGUAAGAACACUGACUGAGAUACAACACCAAAAUAUUGUCAAGCUCUACGGUUACUGCGCACAUAAACGACAUUCGUUGUUGGUGUAUGAGUAUCUUGAAAGAGGUAGCUUGGCCGCAAUGUUGAGCAAAAAUGAAGAAGCUAAAGAGUUGGGGUGGAGUAAAAGAGUGAAUAUUGUUAAAGGUGUAGCUCAUGCCUUGUCUUACAUGCACCACGAUUGCUUGCCUCCAAUUGUACAUGGGGACAUAUCAAGCAACAACAUUUUGCUGGAUUUUGAAUUUGAGGCCUCUGUUGCAGAUUUCGGCGCUGCCAAGUUUUUGAGCACAAACUCAACUCAUUGGACUUCCCUUGCAGGCACAUAUGGAUAUGUAGCACCAGAGCUGGCGUAUACAAUGGAAGUGAAUGAAAAAUGCGAUGUUUAUAGCUUUAGGGUGGUCACAUUGGAAAUAGUUGUGGGUAGGCAUCCAGGAGAUCUUAUUUCAUCUCUAUCAACGGGCUCCUCCUCCUCAUCCUCCUCGUUGUCGUCAUCAUCAUCUGCAUUACUAGCCAAUCAAAUGCUGGUUGUGGAUGUUUUGGACCAAUGCAUUUCGCCGCCGACACAUCAAAUGGCAGGGGAAGCGGUCGCUCUUGUGAAGAUAGCAUUUGCAUGCUUGAAUGCAAGUCCACAAUCUCGUCCAACGAUGAAGCAAGUUUCUCAACUCCUCUCAUCAACUCAGACACAGAGGCUGCAUUUGCCAAAGCCAUUACCUAUGAUUACAUGCGGUGAAUUGCUUGCUUUCAAUCCUUUGACUACCUGA